AUGGCUGCGGCGGCGGCGGCCACGCCUGCCGCUGGGCCGUCCCCGCGGGCGGCGGGGGCGGAGGGGCCAGCGACGGUGCUUCUGGUGCGGUCGGAAGCCGCGGCCGCGGGCGCCGCCCCGCCCAACUGCUCGCACGGCGCUGCAGAUCUGCGCGACUUGAGUCGUCAGAGCGUCACCGUUAUGUCGUCGCGCGUGGGGCUGCUGCUGGCGUCGAAGGCGCUGGUGCAGCUGCUGUGCAACCCGCUCGUGGGGCUGCUCACGAGCCGCGUGGGGUCGCGCGUGCCGCAGCUGCUGGGCAGCGCCAGCCUGCUCGCCGCCGCCCUCGGCGCAGUGAGUUCUGAGCUGGCCGCUGUGUGUGCACGUGACUGCGGCGCCUGCAGCGUUCGCCGUGGGACAGAGCUUCGUGGCGCUGCUGAUGGCGCGCAGCCUGCAGGGCGUCGCCUCUGCCUGCGUCGGCGUCUCGGGCGUGAGCCUGGUGGCGGGGCUGUUCCCAUAUCAAACAUUAUAUGUGUUUUUAAUUAG